CUCAACACACCAUUCUCUCUUUUGAUCAGAUGGCUUUCUCUCCCAUAUGUAUAUAUACACAACCCCCCUCUUUGCAUGAACCUCAACAAAACAACACAUUCAAAUAUCAGACACCUUUACCUUCUUCUACUGAAACCAGAAGAGGGAAACAAAGCCAAUCCACAACAAUGGCAAAGCAACCAUCUUUGAAGAGAUCAGAUUCCAUUGCUGAGACCAUGCCCGACGCGCUAAAACAGAGCCGCUACCAUACCAAGAGAUGUUUCUCCAGGUUUCUGGCAAGCGGGAAGAGGCUGAUGAAGCACCAGAACAUAAUGGAGGAACUGGAAGCGACGAUCCAAGACAAGGGUGAAAGAGACAAGGUGUUGGAAGGGCUCCUCGGCUACAUCCUGAGUUGCACUCAGGAGGCAGCCGUGGUGCCACCUUUCGUUGCAUUCGCGGUGAGGCCUAACCCUGGCGUGUGGGAGUAUGUCAAGGUCGGGGCUGAUGAUUUGAGUGUAGAUGGCAUCUCCAGCUCUGAAUACCUGCAGUUCAAAGAAACGAUCUACGACGAAAAUUGGGCAAAAGAUGAGAAUGCACUGGAAGUGGAGUUUGGAGCAUUUGAUUUCUCUUCCCCUCACCUUACUCUUUCAUCCUCCAUUGGAGAUGGAGUCAAGUACAUCUCAAAAUUCUUGUCACCAAAGCUUGUUGCUAGCUCCCACUCUUCAAAGAAGUUGGUAGACUAUCUAAUAGGCCUCAACUACCAUGGAGAUAACCUUAUGAUAAAUGAGACAUUGGACACACCAUCAAAGCUCCAAGGAGCAUUGAUAGUAGCUGAAUGCUUUCUUGCAUCACUUCCACAAGACACACCAUGCCAGGAUUUCCACCAAAGCCUGAGAGCAUGGGGAUUCGAGAAGGGAUGGGGGGACACGGCUGGAAGGGUUAAGGAGACGAUGGUGAUGCUCUCCGAGUCGCUUCAAGCACCCGAUGGAGAGAAAUUGGAGCAGCUGUUCAGUAGGAUUCCAAACAUGUUCAACAUUGUCAUCUUCUCCCCACAUGGAUUCUUUGGUCAAGCUGAUGUUCUUGGGUUGCCCGACACCGGGGGCCAGGUGGUUUACAUUCUUGAUCAAAUGAGGGGAUUGGAGGAGGAAUUGCUUCAGAGGAUCAAACUGCAGGGACUUAACUUGAAGCCGAAGAUCAUUGUGAUAACAAGGCUGAUACCAGAAGCUCGAGGCACGAAAUGCAACCAAGAAGUAGAGCCAAUUGAGAACACGAAGCACUCUUACAUUCUCAGACUUCCUUUCAAGACAAGUAAAGGGACUAUCUUUCCACAUUGGCUUUCUCGUUUCGAUGUGUAUCCUUACCUCGAGAGAUUCGCUAAGGAUGCUGGUCGGGCGAUUGUUGAGCACACAGACGGCAGACCAGACCUCAUCAUGGGGAACUAUAGUGAUGGGAACUUGGUGGCCACUCUUGUGGCCAGGAAACUUGGAAUACCUUUGGGGACAAUUGCUCAUGCUUUGGAGAAAACGAAAUAUGAAGACUCAGAUGCCAAGUGGAAGGAACUCGAUCCGAAGUACCAUUUCUCAUGCCAAUUCACAGCUGACAUGAUUGCAAUGAAUGCAGCUGAUUUCAUCAUCACCAGCACUUACCAAGAAAUUGCUGGAAGCAAGGAAAAGUCAGGACAGUAUGAGAGCCACACCGCUUUUACCAUGCCAGGGCUAUGCCGAGUCGUGUCAGGAAUCAACGUUUUCGAUCCGAAGUUCAACAUUGCUGCACCUGGAGCUGAUCAAUCUGUCUACUUCCCAAACACCGAGAAGUCGAGAAGGCUGACCACUUUCCAUCCUGUCAUUGAAGAGCUGCUCUACAGCAAGGAUGAGAACAAUGAUCACAUUGGGUAUCUGAAUGAUCCGAAGAAACCGAUAAUAUUCUCCAUGGCGAGGCUGGACACAGUGAAGAACGUGACAGGGCUCACAGAGUGGUAUGGAAAGAACAAGAGGCUAAGGAACUUGGUCAACCUCGUCAUAGUUGGAGGAUUUUUCGAUCCAUCGAAAUCAAACGACAGAGAAGAGAUGGCUGAGAUUAAAAAGAUGCAUACUUUGAUGGAGAAGUACCAACUGAAGGGACAAAUGAGAUGGAUUGCAGCUCAAACGGAUAGGUACCGAAAUGGAGAGCUCUACCGUUGCAUUGCAGACACCAAAGGAGCAUUCGUGCAACCUGCAUUCUACGAGGCGUUUGGUCUUACAGUGAUCGAGGCCAUGAACUGUGGACUGCCAACUUUUGCAACCAUUCAUGGAGGGCCUGCAGAGAUAAUUGUCGAUGGGGUCUCGGGCUUCCACAUUGAUCCUUACAACGGAGAUGACAUGGGGAACAAGAUUGCCGAGUUUUUCGAGCAAUGCAAGGAGGAUCCUGCUUAUUGGAAUCAAAUGUCAGCUUCUGGUCUUAAGAGAAUCAACGAAUGCUAUACUUGGAACAUAUAUGCAAAGAAGAUGAUAAACAUGGGGUCAAUCUAUGGAUUCUGGAGGCAGUUCAACAAAGAAGAGAAGCUUGCUAAGCAAAGAUACAUUCAGACGUUUUACAACCUCCAUUUCAGGACACUGGUGAAGAAAAGUUUUGGGUUGAGUGAUGAGCCAUAUAUAGAAGCAGAAGAAGCAAAUGGAGCCAUACACAAAUUUGUGCCAUCUCCAGUCCCAUCCUUACCUCCUCCAGCAAUCACAACCCAAUCACAACAGAAAGAACCAAAACGCAAAGAGGGUGUCACUCCACCUAAACCAAUCAUUGCAAGGCCCGGAGGUUCCAUACUCGAGAGGCUAAAAGUGGGCAAUCCAUCGGUAGCUGAUAGAGUUGACGGUGUGAAUGGGGAAAUGAGUAGAUCUCGAAGCCGAAAGUUCUUCCGGAUGUUAUCUAUGUUUAUAGUGGCUUAUGCGCUCGUCAGAGUGUAUUAUUUAUUCAAGUGAAGGUGGCAACUUGGAAAGCAAGCAAGCAAGCAAGAAAGCAUGGUUGUAAAUGAAUAAUGUACUUGUACGCUAUUUCUCCACUGACAUCAAUAAAGAUGAUGACUUAACUCAAUAUAUCGAUUCUGAAAACAAGCUUUGCAAUUGUAACUGCAUUUCUAAU